AUGAGUGACGUAUUUGAAGGGUACGAGCGCCAAUACAGUGAGCUCUCUGCCAACCUCACCAAAAAGUGUACGGUAGCUGGUGCUCUUGAUGGAGAGCAAAAGAAGCAAAAGAUUUCUGAAAUAAAGGCUGGAAUUGAUGAUGCAGAAUCUUUGAUCCGGAAAAUGGACCUCGAGGCAAGAAGUUUGCCACCAAAUAUUAAAGCUGUGCUUCUUGCCAAGUUGAGGGAAUAUAAAUCAGAUCUGAAUAAUCUGAAAAGCGAAGUUAAAAGACUUGUAUCUGGUAACUCAUAUUCAUCUGCCCGGGAUGAGUUGUUGGAAUCAGGCAUGGCUGAUACUCUGACGGCAUCAGCUGAUCAAAGAGGAAGGCUAAUGAUGUCAACAGAGAGAUUAAACAAGACUAGUGAUAGAGUUAAGGACAGUAGAAGAACCAUGCUGGAAACAGAAGAGCUUGGUGUUUCAAUCCUUCAAGAUCUGCAUUCACAGAGACAGUCUCUGUUACAUGCAAAUAACACGCUUCAUGGGGUGGAUGACAACAUAGGGAAAAGCAAGAGAGUUUUGACUUCCAUGGCACGGAGGAUGAGCAGGAACAAGUGGAUUAUUGGCAGUGUUAUUGCCGUUCUUGUCAUUGCCAUCGCCUUGAUCUUGUCCAAACUUAAGCUGCCUCUUUCAGCCUCUCUUAUGAGAUGGCCAACCAACGCUGCCUUGGCAUCGCUCCCCAACCGCCACCUCCGUUCGCUUAUUCGAGGAUGCACGCGCCAAUGCUCUAUCGACAUGGGCAAGAAGCUUCACGCCGCCAUUAUCACCGGAGGCCUUGCCGCCAUGCCAGACUCAUUCCUUCACAAUGCCCUCCUCCACUUCUAUGCUGCCCAUGGCAGUGCAUGCUCUGCCCGCAAGCUGUUCGAUGAAAUUCCCAACUGGCACAAAGACGCUGUGGACUGGACCGUCCUGAUGGGCUGCUUUUCCCGCCACGGCAUGCCCCAAAGUGGGCUUCGUUUGUUUAUCGAAAUGAGAAGAGAAAACGUGAGGGUGGACGACGUGGCCAUGGCUUGCUUGUUCAAUGCGUGUGCUCGGCUGGGCAACGUUGAGAUUGGGGAGCAAGGGCAUGGGUUUGUGAUGAAGGUGGGUUUGGGUUCUAGUGUCAAGGCUUGCAAUGGGGUCAUGGAUAUGUAUGUCAAGUGUGGCCUAUUGGGUAUGGCGAGACGGGUGUUUGAAGAGAUGGGGGAGCGGAGCGUCGUGUCGUGGACUGUGAUUUUGGAUGGUGUGGUUAAAUUGGAAGGUGUGGGAAGUGGGAGGAUGGUGUUUGAUAAUAUGCCUGAGAGGAAUGAGGUUGCUUGGACGAUUAUGAUUGUUGGUUAUGUGAGUGUUGGGCUUGUCCGUGAAAGCUUUUCUCUUCUUGAAGAAAUGGUUUUUGGUUGUGGUUUGGGAUUGAAUUAUGUUACCCUCUGUUCAUUUUUAUCGGCUUCUGCGCAAUCGGGAGAUACGAUGACAGGCCGUUGGGUUCAUGCCUAUGCUGUUAAGGCAGUGGGUAAUGAGAUUGAUAUCAUGGUUGGCACAGCAGUGGUUGACAUGUAUGCAAAAUGUGGUAGAGUAGACACUGCGUUGAAAGUUUUCGAGCACAUGCACCAAAGGAAUGAAGUGACCUGGAAUGCUUUGCUUAGUGGGUUGGCAAUGCAUGGAAAGGGUAAACUUGUUCUGAAUAUGUUUCCUCAAAUGCUCAAAGAAGUCAAGCCAGACGAUUUAACCUUCACCGCUUUGUUGAGUGCUUGCAGCCACUCGGGCCUUGUUGAACAGGGUCGACAUUACUUUGAUAAUCUUGAAGCAUCAUACGGUGUAACACCUAAGAUAGAACACUAUGCUUGUAUGGUGGAUCUUCUAGGCAGGGCUGGUCAUUUAGAAGAGGCUGAAGUCUUGAUUAAGAAAAUGCCAAUGCCUCCAAAUGAGGUUGUUUUAGGUUCCCUUCUUGGUUCUUGCAGAGUCCACGGAAAGCUAAAGCUGGGCGAACGCAUUCUGCAAGAACUGGUUCGAAUGCAUCCCCACAACACAGAUCAUCAUGUCCUGCUUUCAAACAUGUAUGCUUUGGGUGGAAAAAAGGACAAGGCUAACUCACUGAGGCAGGAUCUUAAGAACAGGGGUAUAAGAAAGGUGCCUGGAAUGAGUUCAGUUUAUGUGGGUUGCCAAGUUCAUCAGUUCAGUGCCGGAGAUAAGUCACACCCACAGACGAUGGAGAUUUACAUGAAGUUGGAUGAGAUGAUACAAAGGUUGAGAUUGGCUGGUUAUGUCCCAAAUACUGGUUCUCAAGUUUUCUCUGGCGUUGACAGUAGAGAUGAUGCAGACAAGCUGGAGGAGAUAGAGCAGGCAUUGUUCUGCCACAGUGAAAAGCUGGCAGUCUGUUUUGGACUUAUAAGCACAAGAGCUGGCUCAACUCUUUAUAUUUUCAAGAAUCUGCGGAUAUGUGUAGACUGUCAUUCUGCUAUGAAAAUAGUUUCUCAUGUUUAUAAUCGAGAAAUUGUAAUCAGGGAUCGGAAUCGAUUUCAUUGUUUCAAGCAAGGUUCUUGUUCUUGCUCUGAUUAUUGGUGA